AUGGAUGAUACACCAGCAUUGUCGUCGAAAUCGCCAAGCUGCGAGUCAUCUAGUGUCGCCGAGCCGACAUCAAUUAAACUGCCGGAAAUUCAUCUGCCUACUUUUGACGGUACCAUCGAAAAUUGGCAUUCAUUUUACGACUUCUUCUUAUCCACUAUCGAUCGAAGCGAGCGACUUGCAUCCGUGCAGAAAUUUCAUUAUCUACGAUCCUCCUUGACUGGAAAGGCCGCGCGAAGUAUACAAUCGUUAGACAUCACAGAGUUAAAUUAUUCAAUCGCUAUUGACGUUCUUAAAGAAAAAUUCGACUGCCACCGUCAAGUCUGCAUGCGCCACUGGGACUUGAUUUUCGACUAUCCGAAAAUAACUAAAGAGACACUCGAAGCUAUAGAUGAUUUUCUCGAGACGGUCCGAGUAAACCUCCAAGCUUUAGAAAAACUCGGUGAACCAGUCACUUCGAACGUCGUUCUUAUCAAACUAUUCACGUCGAAGCUACCCUCAGCCAUCAUUCGCAAAUGGCAACGCACAUUACCGGACAAGAAAAUGCCGUCAUAUACGCACUUGGUAGACUUUCUAAAAACACAGACGAACGGCGAUAAAACAAGUUCAGCAUCAACCGUGAUAAAAGGGGCGUCCGAUCAACACAACCGUCAGCGACCGAACGCGCCGCGAAGUUACGCAUUCACAACUACACAUAAUAUGUUGGCAAGGGACACGCUUUUACUCAAUGCUCCGCCGGUUCAUGUCGCAUCUGUAGACAGCGACACCAUACAUAUUUGCAUCAAGACCAUGGUCAUAGCAAAUUACGAACACGCGUAA